AUGGCGGAGGCGGCGGGAGCGGGGCCGCCGCUCGGCGCGCCCGUGCCGCGGCCGCCGCCGGCCGCCUUCUUCGGGGCCGUGGCGCCGGGCAACCCGGUGAUCGACACCUUCGAGGCCGAGCUGCGCGACGUCCUGGGCUUCCUGCGGCGCCUCAGGGGCGCGGCGGAGGCCGAGCCGCGGGAGCACGACCUGCACCGCCGCGGAGCAAACACUUUGUUUAAUAUUUGGAUCAAAUAUAAGCCUCGACUGCCGGACUGGUAUUACAAUGAAAAACUUCUGAAAGUUGGCGAUUCCCUUGCUCAGAUCAAAGAGUAUAAAUUGGCACUUUUGCAGUGCUAUGGAAGAUAUCUUCAGCAGUUCAUUUCUGUAAACCUUGAUGAAAUCAUAGAUGAUGUGAAUCAAUUUAAAUCUACCUUUUUCCCAAAUGGUUUCAGAGAUAAAAACGCAGCACUUACGUUCCAUGCUUUGCAAGAGAGGAAUGUUUGCAUUUAUCAGAUGGUUUGUGUCAGUGACAGAAAUCUCCAGAAUCAAGAGUCCCUGCAGACUUGUUUCAAUAUCUUGUCCUCGUUACGGCUCACCAUGCAAGUGGCUCUACCUCAGGAGAAUUUGUGUUGGCUUAUCUACAAUGGUACUAUUCAUAUUUACAUGAUAUGCAGACAUUUGAUGAUGAUAGGUCACUCUGCUAAGGUGCUGGAAUACUUACUGUGGGCCAGUGUCUGUAUGGAAUCAUCCAUUCCACUUUUAUGUGUACACUAUUUGACAUGGAGAGCCACUCUUUAUACUGCAGUUUCUCAGUGUUAUUAUGAUUGUCAAGACAGCAUUAAUGGAGAGAUAUUUGCUCGCCGUGGCCUAAUGAAAAUUGAUGAACUCAAGCAACUUGAAAAUAUCAGUUCUUCUCCUGGAAAUUUAGAAACCAAAAAGAUUUUUAGAGAGGCCACCAUAAAGAUGACAGUAAUGAUUUUCAAAAGAUUAGUGUAUGAAUCCAGAAGAAAACCCAAAAGCUACUUCCGUCCUAAGUUACGAGUUAACCUAAAAGAAGCACAAAAUUUACCAUGGCCUCGCACCGCUACCGAACGGCUCCUGAUGGAAAUGUUUGAUGGUCCCGCAGCGCAGUUCCUUGCCAUUCUGGAAGCUCUGUCUGAUAGCAGCAGGCCCGUCUUGCGCCCUGCUCCACCUGUUCCUGAUGAAAUAGAAAUUCGUGAUGUGGUUUCUGAGCUUUUUUUUGCAGGCAUAGGAAUCCUUUCAGGUAAAAGAAGACACUGCACCGAUCAUUUUGGGAUAAGUGCAUCGUCAACCCUCUUGCAGUUGUUAUUAAAAGGAGAAAAUGCUGUGUCUGGAGAUGCUGCUGUGAAAUUUGUAAAAUUAGCUUUCAGCUAUGAAGAGUGGGAUGUGUUUGAUUCUUCUAUUGAAUUAGUUAUUAGUUUUCUUCAGGGUCAGGAUGAUCCAAGAUGGAAGAAAGCAGAAAUGGAACUCAAACUGCUUACAGUGAUGCAACCUUUAGUGUUUCCAAGAAAAGUGAAACAUGCUUUUGCAGUUAGUGAAAAUAAUACCAGAGAAGCUGCCAUGCCUUAUGGUUCUGGAAAGAAACAGACAUUAAGAAAAGGAUCUCUAAAGCAUGGAGAGCCAUCUGAUGAUCUUAUCGUUUUGGCAACAACAGUGUUUUCCUGUAUCUGUACAGCUAAGCAGAAUCUCCAACCUGAUAAAGAAAUACUUGUUGAUGUAAUAACAUUUUUGUGGCAGAAGUGUAAAGCAGGACUUCAGCGAAUCCAAAUGAGUGGAAGUGACUAUUUAAAAUAUAUCCACAAAUACAAAGCUUACAAAUGGGUUCAUGUACUUUGGAUAAUAAAUGAAGUAAUUCAGAAGAGUAGCAUAAUAGACACUAAUGUUGUAAUGCUAGCAGAGAUAACCUUACGCCUAACUGCAAUACUGGAAAACGUAGCGGAUUGUGCAAAUAAAUCUGGGAAAAAAACAGAAAUACGUGCCUCUGUCUCACAAGAUGAAACCCGUGACAUUCCUGAAAUACUGAUGAGAAGUUCUAUAGAACAAUUGCAAGCUGCUUAUGAAAGUCUUGAAAAAGCAAUUAAUGGUAUGAACACAUGUCGCUUAAUGACUCUUCUGCCAGAUGGAAAAUCAAUAUUUGAUACCUGCUGUACAAAGGUGGACCUAGAUGGCCAGAAUUUGAAUUCUUUGGGCAGGGAUAAUGAUAAGCCAGAAACAGGUACUGGUUUUGUAAUAGAUUUGCACUUGGAACUUAUUCAGGCCCAGCAUCGAGUAGCUGUGAAACUUCUUAAACUGACAGAAGGUGUUCAAAAGGAUGACAGAAAUCUGAAGUGCCACAGAUCCCAUGGGAAGAAUAUAAAAGAUUGUCCUUAUUUAACAGAGGCAGUUAUAAUGAAAAAAAUAAAAAAGAAUAAAUUAUCCAAAGCAAUCUUUUUGAUGCAAAAGGCCUCACAGAUGUUCCCUAGCGACUUAACCACCUCUUCUCAAAGGCAUUUACUUGAGGAAGUACUAACUUUAAUCAAACAAGUUGAAGCUGAACAAAGCGCAUUGUAUCACAGUCUAAAAGAAGUUAUGAACAGUAAGAAGAAAAGCAAAAUUCCUCCUCCUCCUAUAUUACUUUCUAGAUCUCAUUGCUCCAUGAUAUUUAAACCAGCCCCAUUCUCUUCAGAUGAUCAGGUUUCAUGGUACAGUAUUUUGGGCUGUGUAGCAACAGGAAGUAAUAUGAAAGUAAGGUUAAAUAACAAUAAACUUCCAAAUGCAGGAGAAGAGAUACCAGCUGAUGGGAAAAGCUUCUUGGAAAUACAAGGCCUUGAUCCCAAUGAAAAGUACAUAUUUGCAGUUGCCGCAUAUUCUUCUGAUGGAAAACUUAUUGGUGAUGCUAUUGGGGAAAUGACCAAACCAAUCCUUGCUUAUCCACCUCUUUCUGCUGCUACUGUUCGAGCCUAUCUAACUCAGGUAGCCUACCAGACUGGCAAUUAUACAUUAGCUCGAGAAGCAUUUACACCAAUAUGGGAUUAUUUUGUUUCAGAUUCUUCUCCACUGCCUGCCAAUAAAGCUGUUAUUUCUGCAAGCAGUAAUUUAACUAUAUCUGAAAACAGACUAUGUUUUGAGGCUUUAUCUCAGACCUCUCCUAUUGCCUUGCAACUCUUCCUGAGGAAUAUAUUUGCUAUUACUGAUAUAAAUAUUAUGGAAAGAGCACUAUUCUGUGAUUCCAUCUGUACCAAUGAGAUACUUUAUGAGAAACAAGUUGAUAGAUUAGCAGAAUGUAAAAGAAUGAUUGUGGCAAUUGAACUUAGUAAUUGGUUAAAUGAUCCAAACGGUGCCCUGCAGGCUGUUGUACAAUGUUAUGGUCUCCUUGCUCCAAUUAUUUAUCACAAGAUUUCUUCAGUAGCAGUAGUUCAGAUCCUCAUUAAGUGCUUGGCAGUCCUUCAAGAAGUUCCAAGUGCUACUUUGCAAAGAAAACACGCGGGAUGUUAUGAGAGUAUCCAGCAUAUGAUAGCUUGUACUUCAUUUUAUACAGCAAAGGUACUACGUUCAUGGAAAGAAUAUGAACUGGCAGUAAUUGUUGUUAACUACGGCAAAAAAUUGCUGAGUUCCCUACAGUCAACUUCAUUGUACCAGUCAGGAGCAACAAAAACUGAAGAAACAUCCGCUAAGACAGACUUUGAAAACACUUCUGCAAAGAUAUCUCAGUUAGCUGCAAUGGAAAAAGCAGCAGAAAAUCUAAAUGCACUUGAAUCAAAUCUACUUAAACUGACUAAACCCGUACCUGCAUCAGAGCUUACAGGACAGGAAGAUCCUUUGUUCCUCUACCCUAUAAUUUCAUGUUGGACAACAAAGAAUGCUUAUCGAGAAGUGAUGAAAUUCAGAAAGAAAUCUCGUUUUCUUGAGUACUUUGUUCAAGUUUUGCACAAACUCCUGAAUGAAGAGAAGUUUCAAAAAUGUCUGGAGUGGACAGACAACGUGCAGCAUUACUUAAAAAUGAGGAAUGACUACCUUCUCGGUAUUGAAGGAACUUUAAGAAGAGAAACAAGUUUUCUUUCUGUUCACGAAAGCCCAAGGAGACACACUUCAGCUCUUCUGGACUUUCACAGAAGCUUGGAGAUCACACCUUCUAAGAAACUAGAGACAUCAUCUUUGAAGAUACCAAGAAAAGAAGUUUGUAGCCCUGUUAAAAAAGUGCAGACUCUUAGACAGUAUUUGGUGAAAUAUCCAAACAUAAUGAAAUAUCCAGAAGCGCGAAGGCAGCACAGAGAGGAGUUACAAAAGGUAGCUCGUCACACCUUGGUUGUAUUCCUGAAACCGCUUGUGACUAGUUUCUUAAAUCGAAGGAAGCUUCAUCAAGCAUAUAUUGAGGAGAUGCCCUGGAGGUCUCAGAUGAAUAUUUAUCUGGCAAUCAUACACUAUAACUUGUUUAAGAAGAAGUUGGGAGAGCAACACGAUGUCGGAAUUUGUGUUUCACAGCAUCACAACAGUUACAGUGUUCUGGACCCUGAAAUAUUCUCAUUAAGUUAUUCUGGCACUGUGGUGGUAAAAGAAGUCAUGGAGGAUAACAUAAAACCAACUCCUCUUCUCCUUAAGAAGUCACAUUCAGAAAUGAUCAAAAAAAAAACUUAUACAGCUAAAUCUUCUGAGCACAGCUCUAAAUCAAGCGAGACAGAUGAUACUCUUCAAACUCAAACGACGAAUGAGUCAUAUUCAGAAAUGUCCAUCUCAUUUUCCCCCAAAGAGCAUGACCAGUUUCCGACAAAAAGUGCAUUUUCAGACCAUUUUAUAAAAAUAUUUCUUCAUUUAAGAAGAGCAGUGGUUCUUGCUCAUCGUGGUGGCCACUGGACGUUGCUUCAAAAUGCUUGCCGAGAACUUUGGAACUACGCUCAAGAAGCACAAUCGAUUGCUAAACAUUCCCAUUCCCAUCCAGGUUUUACCAGAGAUUUUGUUAGGGACACCAUCUGGCUGCCAUUUUAUUUGGCAUCAGACAUGAUCAUUGACAUGAUAACUGAGCUACAAUCAAGUAAUUCUCUUAAGGUUAUGGAUCCUGAAGGAGAUUUCUGCAUUCCUAGUUGUUUAGGAGGUAUUACUGAUGAGAAUGGUGGUUCUAAUCUCCACCCACAGUCUCCUCUGGAUGAUGUGAAUUUGAUUGAUUUGAGGUGGAUAUGUAAUCUGGUCCUUAAAACAAUCGAACUGUUAUAUCAAAUGAAGAAGUGGGAAGCACUGAUACACAUAGCUGUACAAUUUAACGUAUUUACACAUGAGAGAUAUACAGAACAAGUGAGUCCACUGUUGGUGUAUGCUCAGAGGCAGCUGCUAGGAAGGAUACAACAAUUCAGUGGCCUUCAUAACCCUAAAUCACAUUUCAUAAAAUAUCUGACUGAUAAUACAGACAAGAUGAGCUGCAGAAACUACAUAGGGAAUCAGCUGCCUCUUGUCCAUGCACCUUGUGAAAAGAUCUUUCCUGGAUGCUUUUCCUCUCCUGCGAUGAAGAAUUAUUAUAUAGGUUAUACUCAAGCAAAAUGCCUGGUUUAUGUACCCCUUGAUGUGAAUGACACACUGAAAUGUUUUAGAGAAACUCUAGAAAAAUCUAAAUAUCACAGCAGAGCACUGAGACACAGCAGAAAACUACUUGCAUUAUUUCUUGCACACACACAAGAAAAUGUCGGAAGAACAAUCAGUCAGAUCUCUUCAAAAAGAAGGCUGAAAUUUAGUGUGGGAGCUGAGCUGACAUUUCUGCCGACACCAUGUGACCUUUCUCAAGAAAAUUUUAAUUUCUCCAAUAUGGUUGAGAGAAAACCAAUACCACAGUCACAGCUUUCAGUCAUUAUUUCUUCCUAUGAAAAAACAAUUGAAAUCCUGGAAAUAAAUAACCAGAGAGACCUCAAGGUUCAGGCUCUACAUGAACUUGGAAAUCUUCACUUCUAUGCUGGAAACAAAAGAGCUGCUUUUAAAUAUUGGUGUCAAGCCCUUGAUGGAACGCUCAACAUUGCUGAUGCUCUAAACAACUGGCAGGAAUUAGGUGUUUCAAAAAAUGCUACAGACUGUCUUGCAAAUGGAAGAUCUACUGAUAUAAGUCAGAAAUUCCUAUCUCAGGCUGGAAUUUGGGGAUGUUUACAUGCAGCAGUUUUAGCAGCUAAGAUAGCCCAGUAUAUCAUAACAUCAAAGAUGAGAUUAAGAGCUAAGUGCUGCUAUUUUUCUUCUCUGCUCUUUAAGGCCCUGUUUAGAGCUUCUCUUCCACAUCCCAUGUCUGACUGUGAAUAUGCACAAUACGAAAUAAAUACACUUAUUCCUGGCAUUGACUUAUUCUCUGAUCGCUACAGAGCUGAUAUCUCCACUGUAAUUGCAAGCCUGAAUUUUCUUAUGUUUGAGUUACAUUGUGCAAAACAAAAUUUAACAAUCUUACCACUAUUCACAUUAUAUGAAUACUUUGUUUCUGAGAUUUGUCAAGACCCAGCUAAAUGUAUUGAAGGAAGAAUCUUAAAGAUUAAAGUACUUACAGAUAUAGGAUUUUUUACAGAGGCCUUUCAUGAAUUGUCUUUGCUUAAUUGUGGUGAAAGAAUUCCGUGGAAAAUACCUGCAGGCUAUAAGCCAACUGAACAAAAGAAGGCCUCUCAGAAAUUUGACACCUCAAAAUCUCCCCUGGUUGUUACAAAUUUACAGGUAUUGGAAGACAUAUUUAACUGGAGUCUGUCUUUAGCAAUAGUUCCACUGUGCAACCAACAAAUUAUGAAUAAAUUAACCUUAGCCAAAAUGCAUUUCAUUAUUUCUCUUUCUGCUACAAUAAAUGAUAUACCUGAGAAAGUGGAAAAAUACACCUAUUCUACUGAUAACAGAAGCUUGAGGAGGCCAAGAAGAAUUAUGAUGUCAAGUACCAAAGUCAAUACUGUCAAGAAUUCUAGAAAACGAGAACCAAGAGGCACAAUGGUGCAGCUGGUUGACUGUAAAGGUGAAUUAAACAUGGCCAUGCUUAAGGGGAUCUUACUGACAGAAGCUGAAGACAGUCUUAAGUGUCUUGUGCAGAGCAUUCAGGACAAACACGAUGGGAAGAUUUCCUGUUGUUCUGCUGAGGAAUUAGAGGUUGUUAUUGAGGCCACGCUUCAACUUGCAGCUAUUUGUCAGCAAAGGCAUCAAGCGGCUUUCAGUGUUGCUUUGGCUUUCUCUGCAAUUCGAUUUCUCCAAGAUGCAAGCUUUUUUAGGACGAAAACGACCCAUUUUCAAGAAAAAAUACAUGGAAAGGAGUAUUUGGAUUCUUGCACUGAAGAUGUUCGGCUGCCUCACAGUGUGAUAGCACAAGAUCACCUGAACACCCGCCUGUGGCUGAGGUGCCGUGCAAUGUUAGCCUCUGCACUAGUAACACAUAUACAUGGAGCUGGUGAUAUGGAAGAAAAUGAUAUGGUGGAACACAAAACUCUGAUAAGAGAAGUGUUACUAGAAACAGAAACCUUUGAUGAUAUUGAGACUCAGGCUGAUAUGAUGGUGCAAGCUGCUAUUCUUGACCUGCAAGAAAGACAUCCCAUCGCAGAAAUUAAACAACUUCUGCAGAAUAUUGUAAGUUUGCUCCAAGAAGAGACAUGCAUUUCCCCUCCAGCCUCUUUGACCCUUGUGAAAACUAUGCUCCUUCUGGCAGACAUACUGGCACAGCAAACAGAAGAGGACACAGAACGUCACUGCUCCACAAUGGAACCAUUAAACUUACUAACUUUGGCACAUGAACUUACUGUUAAAGCAAUAUUUCUAUGUGGAGAACCAAUCGAACAGCACAAAGAAGACGCUACACUUAUGUGUCCUGUCUUACCUCCAAAAAAUAUCUACUUGCCACAUAUCAACUUGCUAGCCCAAGUCAAAAUGAGAAUUGGAUGCACAUUAGCUGAAAAAAUAGCUUGUACAUCUGAAAGAGGAGAUCCACUGCAAUGGCUACGUGCUCUCAAACAUUUAGAAACCGCAUUGGAGCUUUGCAGGGCAUCUGCAACAAAAAAAAUGGAUAUGGAAGCUGAACUUCUUUUUCAGAUAGGUAAGGUUGAGCGCCAGAUAACUGAAGCAGGUCAUAACAAGUCACAGUUAGCUGUUGAGAACCUCUCAGAUGCUAUAAAAAUGAGCCAGCACCAUGAUCAAAACUACGAGUUAAUAAGGAGAUCAUACCUUGAAAUAGCACUGCUAUAUUUGCAUUUUGCCAAAAAUAAAGAGUAUGGGUCACAGACAGAUAAGAUGGAGCCUUCCAAAUCAUGGGUAUCUUCUGAAGAACAGUUUUCUCCUGACAAAGCACCGAUAUCAUCAGAAGGCUCUAAAGCAAAGGCCUGGAUUGCAAUAAGAGCAGCCACACAGGUCAGUGAAGCUGUGCUUGCUUCUCAGCUAUUAAUUGGAAGAAAGAGUGUUAAAGAACACAAUGUGGGGGAUACAGCGCAGCAGAAAAUCCCUGAAUUUGCUUCCAUGGAUCUUCUUGCUUCAUACAGAGAUUUCCUAUCUGUUGCAGAUGGAUACAACAUUGUCUUUAGAAGUCCCACAGCAGCUGAAAACAAAACAAGCAGGACCAGAAGUGAAGAACCAGCCUGUCUUGCCACUGAGGCCAUAACAUGGGUUCACUUGAUUCGUUACCACAUUUAUUUAAAAAGACUUUACAACACAAACCCUCUAUUUGGGCCUCGAUCGUCUUCUAGAAGAGACGGACACUUUAGUUCUGUUUUUGACACGGCGAUUGUUCUACGCAUAGCAGAAAUGCACAGCUUCCUUAAAAAGCAUUUGGUGGAAUAUUCAACGUGUUGUCUUGAGGACUGCCCAAAUGAGCUAUGCUGUGUAGAAAUGCUGCUUCAUAUUCCAACUGAUCCUUCAAAGAUGACUCGUGAAAGUACUGGAAUUUCACCAAAGUUUCCACGUGUGAGAAUAGCUACUUCUGUUCCUGUCAUCACUGAGACAGAGAGUCAGACAGAGAGCAGGGCAGCAAAUGCUUCAAAUAAGCAGCUUAGUGUUCAGUGGUACAUUCCUUCUCUGGCAAAGCCAUCGGAUGAUGCAGAAGCUAAGGUUUUGCUCCUUUACGCUUACAAUAUGAAGCCUGUCAAGAUUAGCAACAUGAGGAUUUUUAGUUCAGUAUCUGUAUUUUCAGGCUACUUGUGGAUCCCACUGGCUAGAAUACUUUCCUUACAGGAAGAAUUAUCUCAUCUGAAGCAGCAAGUUGAAAUUCUGAUGCAAGGCUCUAAAAGUUUGUCUUCAGUCUCAGAAACUGCAACCUUUCCUGAACAAAGUGAAACCCUGCAAAUAAUUCCUUCCACAAAAGCCAAAAUGAAUAUUGCAAAGGUGCAUCUGGAUGAAAAAACAGAAGAAAUGGCUAAAAGGUGUUUGUCGGAAGUACAAGCUCUGCUCUCUGUUGUUCCAGCUCUGUCACCGCCGUUAACUGAGGUCCCAUUCGAUAUCACUCUGCAAUCAGUAGCAGCUUUGGCAAGCAUGUUUGAUCCUGCCAGUGGGUGUGUAAUAACCGAAGAAAGUCUUUUCACUUGGAUCACAUCUCUGCUCCAGUAAUUGCUGGGUUUGCAAUAACUUAAUCAUUUGCUUAAUACCGUAGAUUUAGGCUUAAGUGCUGGGGUGGUGAAGCAAUGGGAAGUUUGCCACUGACUCCAUUCAUCACACCA